GUCGGCGCGGACAAAAUGUCGGCGGUCGGCGCGGCCCGGCGGGGCGGGGACGUGCCCGGGGUGCGGAGAGCGGCCGGCAGCCCCCAGGCGCUGGCGGGGCCCGGCGCGCUGAGCGGAGCAUGGCUGGCCAAGGAAGAGCAGUACAAGCGACUGAAUGCAGAAUUAGAAGCCAAAACAGAGAAACUGGUGCGCCAGGCUGAAGAACUAAUGAAAGGCCAACAGAAGAUACUAUCUCAGCCAGUUUCAGUACAGAGUAAGUCACCUGAAGAUGACAGACAGAGAGAUCCACUCUGUUCUGAAGUUUCGUCUCUUACACACUCACUUGCAAAGGUAGAAAACAAGAAGAAAUUUCCUUCUGUGCCCACAGCUCAGAACAGACCAUACUCUUCAAGUAAGGGAAAAAGAACAACUUCAAGUUCAAAAAUACGAAACAUGGAAGUACAAAGUCCUGAUGGUGUUGCAGUACUGGAAGAUUGCAUAGGUUUUUCUUUAACAAGAACAAUAAGCAAAGUUGAAGAAAAACUAAAGAAAGGAGUCUUACCAGACAGUCAAGAAGAUGAUAUUAUUCCAAGGGUUGGAGAUGAAAUGGGAGCAGAAGCUCAAAUCAGACUUCUUAAGGCAAAGUUGCGUGUGACACAGGAAGACCUGGCAAAUGUAGUGUUUGAAUGCAGGAAAAAGGAUGAUGAAAAUCAGAAUUUAGAAACUCGGCUUAAAGAUACUGAAGAAGAAAAUGCAAGACUGCAACGAACAAUCAGCCUGCAGCAGUCUCAGACUGAGAAGUACAAAAUGUUGUCACAAGAAGCAAACAAAAAAUCUGAAGGGUUACAACAAGAGGUCACUGCAUUAGAAAAGGAAUUGGAGAAUCUAAAGCGUGCCCAAAAGCAGGCUGCAGCCACUCAGAGUGCAACAGAGGUUCGUUUAAACAGGGCCUUGGAAGAAGUGGAAAAGUAUAAAGUGGAGUUGAAUAAGCUGAAGCAAAGCAACAAGGAUGUAGCUAACCAAGAACUCAAAACAAUCGAAGAAUUAAAAACAGAAAACAAGAAACUGCAGAAACAAAAAGGAGAGCUAAUUACAGGUUUUAAAAAGCAGUUAAAGUUAAUUGAUAUUUUGAAGAGACAAAAGAUGCACAUUGAAGCUGCCAAGAUGCUUUCUUUUACCGAAGAGGAAUUUAUGAAAGCUCUCGAGUGGGGAAAUUAUUGAUCCCAUUAAAUAACUUCUGUUUGAAAGAUGAGUCAGAUGGCCCCUUGAGACUGUAUAUGAGUCCUUGUUAAUAGUGAAUAACUGUAUAUCCUACUGAAUUGAUUUUGUUGAUUUUGCUUAUGUUUAAAUAGUUUAACUUUUGUAAGCCUGAUAGCUUGUGUUGUAAUGUAUGAAACACAAAUUUCUACUUCGUUGUCAGGCCAAACUGCCCAUUCUGAAAGGAGCAGAGAAGCAUAGACCAUGCAAAGAAUAUUCCAACAAGUGAACUUUGCUAUCAGUUUGCUCUGUUCUAGCAUUUAAAACUGUGCCUUACCUAUGGUAUUAUUCAGUCCAAGGAAGUCAGGAUUUAGUCUCAGAAAAUUCCUUGUUGCAACAAAAAUAAACUAACCAGUGAUCCAGUUGAGAAGAAAAUGUCAUGUCCUUUUUAAAACACGUGGUUGGAAAAUUGGCCUUGUCUGUUCUCUGUAACAGAUCUCCCCUCAAAGCUAGCUGGUCUUGCAUCUAAUUUAAGCACCAACAGCUCUUUUAUAGAAAUAACCAUAACUUGUUUUAGCCAUUACAUCUUAGCCCCUGGCUGGCAUAACCAUACAUGAGAUUUGCCCCUCAUUGCCCAGACAGACUCCCCAGUCCCAUGGAGCUGUAUUGUGUAAAACUGUUCCUUCAGUCAAGGUGAAAGUAUUAGACCUUUCCCUGGCCAUUAGCUGCUGCUUUGGGAUACAGGCAGGGGCGAUGACUCCGUAUUCUCAGGGGCUCUACAAGCAUUACAUCCUUUAAAAUUUCAUUAUUCAUCAUUGUAAUCAAUAACUAGAAAACAGAUUCAGGGUAGAUGAGCUGAGCCUAUUGUGUGUGCAUUAAUGAACAAUACAAGAC